CUCAAAUAGGGAGCAGAGGAGUACUUUCACCUGUAUCACACACAGACAGAGCUCACCUGAAACAAAGAGCUGGAGGAGAGGCUGCACUGUAAUCUCUGGAAGAAGAGGGAUCUCAUCUACUGUUCACUGAGCUUCCUGUAUCAUCAUGGUUCCAUCAAAGCUGAAGGCCAGGAGCCCCAUGUUGGAAGCAGCUCUGGGCUUUGUCCUGGGAGUGGUGGGAGGCUGUGUGCUGGGGGCCACCGAGGAGCCAGUGAAUGAGGCUAUGUCAGUGAUGACCUCAGGGGCCCUGCUGAAGCCUGUGUCUGACGGAGUCCAGACUGUGGGGCCCUUGGGACUGGGUACCCUCCUGGGAGCAACGGCACUAACCACAGUCAUGACCUCAGUGGUGGCUGGGGUCAUAGUCGCAGCGGCUAUGGCUUCCAUAUUGCUGGGUGCCAGGAGCAGUGGUGGUGGAGCAUCCCAGGCAGAAUCUGUGGUUGUGUGGAUCGCAGUUGGACUGGCUGGCGCUUUCGGGACCACAGCCAGUGGAGCAACACUUGGCGUAGUGAUUGAGGCAAUCGUGGUGGACUCAGGGAUGGUGGGACUUCUCUGGGCACUGAGCAUAUUCACCCUGCUCAAACUUGCUUUGCACCUCCUUCUCAAGUUCAAAUGGAGACAAGGAGAGUCCUGUGUCCGCCUGGGACAGAGCACUCUGGAGGCCAGGGAGAGAGAGCUGAGAGAGAUGGAGGCGAGGGAGGAUAAGAAGAGAGACAGAGUGACAGUGGAGAUGGAGCAGAGGAUUGUCACAUUGGAGAAGGAGGGAGAGAGGACAGAGGACCUGGAGCACAGAGGAACCUGGGAGGCACAGCGCAGAGAGAGAGAGGAGAUGGAGAGAAAGAGGAGAGAAUGGAUGGAGGAGGUAAAUGAGCAAAGGACCAUUCAAGAGCAGAUCAACAAAAUGGUGGUGGAUACCCAUGACUAUGACCGCCAUGAUCACAGCAGGAUUUGGGGUGUUUGGAUUCGGGGACUACCGGUUUGUGUUUGUGGUCCUUUUAGCUUUGGUCCUGUUCAUGUCCUUCAUGUUCAUGAAAUCAUCAAAUGUUAACUUCUGGAUGUUCGCAGGGUGCAUGGGAAUGUUUGCCACAUUUGCCAUAGCGGUGCUCACUGUGCACGCAGGGCAGGAAGUGGUGUCGGAAUCGAUCAAAAUGCGCAGGGUUGGUCAGUAUAUAUCAAGAGGGAACAUUAGCACCCGGAUGAACCACAGAUCUUCUCUAGAGGCCUUGGGCGCAGGAUUUUUUGUGUCAAAGCUAUGUCAGCUAGGCUUAGGGGCGACCGUAGGAGGCCCUUUGGGCA